CCGCCUCCCCUCCUCGGCUGGGCAGCCGCCGGGACUGCUGGGGCGCUGCGGGGCAGGUCGGCGGCCCCUGUCCGCGGGAGCGUAACCCCAUCCCUGUCCGCGGGGUCUUCAGUGGGGAGAAACUGCCCUCCGUUAGCGGCGGCGCGGGGUAGAGGUGUGCGGCGCCCAGUGCAGUCGGAUCCCCGGAGCAGCAGCCCCCGGAGCUCUCGCCAGCUGGUUUAGGUCCAAUGAUGACAGUUCUCCUGAGAGGCAGCCAAUUUCUGCAGAAAAUUCACUCCAGUUAACACUGCAGAUACCUGAAGUCUCAUGAAAAGAAAAAGCAGGUUUCUCAAUGAAUAGAAAAGUUCGUUUAUGAGAUUGGAAAUAACAGUGAUAUCAAGCAUCCGUCUGGAUGCAGAGGUCUUUUUCACAGAGGAUAAUCAGCAUUGGUAAACAGAUUUGCGGAUUUGCAUGGGGUAGAAAAGGAGGCAGAAAUAAACUUGUGACAUCAAAUCGUGGUCCAGGAAUGAUGGCUUCUCAGCUGAAUACCCAUGCUUUCAAUAUCUCCUCAAUAGAGGAUAGGAGACUGUGCAUAAAUGGAACACCAUGGAUUUGGCAUCUCCUGGAAGAAUGUGUCGAGAAUGCGUGGGAGUAUUGGAGCGUUGUCAUAGGGCUGAUUUCCAUUGUCUGUUUUCUGUUUGCUGCACUACCUCAGGUUUACGUUGCCUAUCAGAAUGGAAGAGUGGAUCAAGCGCUGUCUUUGGGCUUUCUGCUGGGUUGGAUAGCUGGAGAUAUUACGAACUUCAUAGGCUGCUAUUUAACAAAUCAGCUGCCAAUUCAGAUUGUCACUGCCAUUUUUUAUGUUAACAUGGAUAUAAUUAUGAUUUCACAAUUUGUCUACUAUAAGCUCAAGAAUCAGGAAAUGAAAAAAUGCAGCAAAAGCCUGAAGAAUUUCUGUAUAACCUGGAUCAUGGUGUGUAUAGCACUGUGUGUUAUUUUACUCUGUCAGCUAUUACUAAGAAACCAAGACCAGAGUGGAGUAAUCGAAAGAAGUCAUAACUCUCUUGGUAUGAUUGAAAUGUCAGGCUUCAUUUGUGGCUAUGUAUCCUGCGUGUUUUACUUGGGAAGUAGAUUUCCUCAGCUGUAUAAAAAUUUCCGAAGAAGAUCGACAGAAGGCACCUCUUACUUGCUGUUUGCGUUAGCCAUGAUGGGAAACUGUACCUAUGGACUGAGCCUUGUUUUAAGGAUGCCAGCUGCCAAAGCCUUCCAGGCCCUCUACUUCUUACACCAUCUUCCAUGGCUUAUUGGAAGCUUUGGAGUUUUGUUUCUAGACAUUUUUGUGACUCUGCAGUUCAUCCUGUAUCGUCAGCAGAAGGAAAGGGAAUCUGGUUUAGUAACACUGGAAGUGGAACCAUUGCUGGUGAACGAGGAGACGGCCUAGUGUUGGGCUGUGUUCUGCUCCUGGGUUUUUCAUUGGAUUUUGCUCUUGGAUUAUUUUGACAAACAGUUAAGAGUGCAGUUGCUAAGGGACCAAAUUUAUUACUAAUUAUUAUUUAUUUUGUCAUUAAUUUCUCAUUAGUUAUUUGAAAAUUAUAUGCCAAUAAUAAAAUAUUUAAUAUUUACUGUCUUGUUUUAGGCUAGAUACUUUUUUUUCCUGAAUUAUUUUUUUCCCUGAGUUUAGCUAUUUCUCCCUAAAGUCUGAUACAGAGUGACAGCAGUAGUGCUGUAGAAAUAUUUAUUUGACAUCAUGAUACAGUGUGUAUUGUGGGAUGACUUUAUUCUUAGAUGAACGUGUACACCAUGGUUAGCAGUCAUGUGGCUGGUUUAAAGCCAAUGAAUAAGAUUAUCCCAUGCCUUGAACCCAACCUGUAGUUACAGGCUGCUCAGUCCAGGUGUGUUAUAUGGUAAAUUUGGCCUUUUUAAAUUCGUACUCAGUUUUGUAUGCAUCCGAAGAAAAAACGUUGAGUGACUUCAAUGCAAAGGAUCUGCUAAUGAUGCAAAACUGGAAUCCUGGUGUACGUUACUGGGAGUCUCAGGUACAGCUCAUUGCAGAGCAUCAUUGUGCAUUUUAUUUUUAAGAGUUAAAGCAUAUGUACAUCAAUACCUGUCUGUUCCAAGGAUUAUAAUUACUGUAUGUCAUCGUAUACCCCAUAUAAUGGUUUUGUAUGCCAUGAAUUUUCUUCUGGUUUAGGUAAGUACCAUGGAG